AAGGACGGAAAAGCAAUACAGACUGCGACUGCAAGUUGCCGAUUCGCAACUAUCAAACGCCCCACGUUGUUUUGGCACAAACGCAGUUUACGAGUACCGAAGAAACCAAAGCCACUGAAACCACCAGUAUCGAAGGAACCAACGGUUUUCCUAAUCAGUCAGGAACCUUCAAGUAAUCUUCAAGUUCUGCAACCAAUUGAAGAGAAUUUACCGCCACCCAUCUUUACUCCCAAGCCGACUCAAGUCAUUCCUUGUAGCCUCAUUCAGAUAUUCAGCAAAGCUGAUGCUAAACCGUAUGAGCAAGACUGUCGUCUCACCAGUUUCGAACGGAAGUUGAGAUCCCAUAAAAAAUUUGGAGCUGGUCAUCAACCUCAUGAGAAGCUUCUGUGCCCUCAACAAGCGAGUCAAAUCGAAAUACGUUUCACGAGUACGUGUUCAACUGACGUCAUUGUACAGGUACAAGCCCCGAAUGGAGAAUUUAGCAGUUAUCUGCAUCCAUUCAGAGACCACUCAGUUGCUUUCACGCCCACUAAGGUUGGCUGCGGUCAUGGCCUUUGGCGAAUAUAUGUUGCAAUGCGUGUUGGGUGCAGAUUUCGUCAUAUGCGAACUAUAGACAUUGAUCUUAAAGGACAAGGUAAAUGA